UGAAAGCUGGUGGAAUGCGAAUUGUGCAGAAACACCCACAUACUGGAGACACCAAAGAAGAGAAGGACAAGGAUGACCAGGAAUGGGAAAGCCCCAGUCCACCUAAACCCACUGUGUUCAUCUCUGGGGUCAUUGCCCGGGGUGACAAAGAUUUCCCCCCGGCGGCCGCGCAGGUGGCUCACCAGAAGCCGCAUGCCUCCAUGGACAAGCAUCCUUCCCCAAGAACCCAGCACAUCCAGCAGCCACGCAAGUGAGCCUGGACCCCACCAGCCUCCCCCGCGGCCCCGGCUCUUCUGUACUUGGUAUUUCCCUGACAGAGAAAACCAGCACUUUCUCCCAAAUCCCGCUCUGCUGGGAAAUCUAAGGCAAAACCAAGUGCUCUGUCGUUUGCCUUACAUUUCCGUAUUUAAAACUAGAAACCGCUCCAGCCCAAACCUUGUUCAUGGGGAGUCCGGUUGGAUGUCGUUUGAGGAUGAUUGCGCCCCUAGAGGUGCCAUUAGCAGAAUUUGCCAAGAUCUGAGAAAAACUUUUAGCUUAGUUCUAUUUCAGCAGUCGCCUGACGUCCUUGUCUGUGGUCUUAAAAACAAGAAGGCACACAUUUGAGAGGAUGAGAUUAAGGUUAGGGGAGAAGCUCGGCCAUUGCAUGCUUUUUAGUAUUGGGACAGUAAAAUCUUAACACCUGCGGGAAAGUAAGAAAUAAGGGAAUGAGUUUGGGCGGCCCCUCAGAAAGACCGUUAGAGGCAGGGAAGAGCAACGCCAAAUUUCCCUCCCUUGUGAGAUGGGGGAUCCUGUGCAGGCUGAGGAGGCACCCAUGAGAAAAGCCAAAAAAGCAGAGCGAGACUCCGUCUCAAAAAAAAAAAAAAAGCAUGCAUCUUAGAAAUAGCUCCUCAAUUCCAAGAGUCAACAUGCCAAAAAAUGAGGCUGGAGGCAAGUAGCUCCGAGGGAGGACUU